GGAGCAGAGUGUGUAGUUCAAUGAGCCCUGGCUGUGUGCAUGUGUGAGGUUGUGUAUAGAUUGCAAGGAGUGACACAGACACAUUGUGACUCAGUCUGUGGGACAGGAAGGACGCUGGGACCUGCAGCCCUGCUGGAUGUAGUCAGGAGUGAGGAAUCCCUGCUCGAUCUGCCAGUGAUUGGACUUCUAUCGCCAUCUCCGGACUAGCUGCAGCCAAGCAAGGCAUGAACAGCUCUGAGCCCAAGGAGUACCUGACCAGGAGAGAGAUCCCCCAGCUAUUCGAGGGGCUUUUGAAUGGAUUAAUGUACUAUCGCCCUGAUGAUCCUGUGGAAUACUUGGAAACCUGUUUACAAAAAGUGAAGGAAUUGGGAGGAUCAGAAAGAGUAAAGUGGGACACAUUUGUAGGUCCAGACAAGCGAAACCUACCCCCUCUCAAUGGUGGACAAAACAGAAGAUCGUUUUACAGAAAUGUUUUGCCUGAAAGUGGUAAUUUUCCAUACCGGCGCUAUGACAGACUGCCACCGAUUCAUCAGUUCUCAAUUGAAAGUGACACAGACCUUUCAGAAACAGCAGAGCUGAUCGAAGAAUAUGAAGUAUUUGACCCCUCAAGACCUCGUCCGAAAAUCAUCCUUGUCAUUGGUGGUCCUGGAAGUGGAAAAGGGACACAGAGCCUGAAAAUUGCUGAACGCUACGGCUUUGAAUAUAUAUCAGUAGGUGAGCUGUUACGGAAGAAAAUUCACAACACUAGCAGCAACCGAAAAUGGAGCUUAAUUGCGAAGAUCAUAACCAAUGGUGAAUUUGCGCCACAGGAAACCACAAUUACUGAAAUCAAGCAGAAGUUAAUGCAAAUUCCUGACUCUGAGGGCAUCGUCAUAGAUGGAUUUCCUCGCGAUGUGGCUCAAGCCCUCUCCUUCGAGGAUCAGAUUUGCACACCGGAUUUAGUGGUGUACCUUGCCUGUGCAAACCACAAAUUGAAGGAGCGUUUACAGAACCGGGCAGAACAGCAUGGUCGACCAGAUGAUAAUCUCAAGGCCGUACAGAGGAGACUAACAAAUUUCAAUCAGAACGCGGUUCCGCUGGUCAACUACUUCCAGGAAAAAGAACUUAUAAUCACGUUUGAUGCUGACAGGGAACAGGAAGAAAUAUUCAGCGAUAUUAGUGUUGCUGUUGACAAUAAACUCUUUCCUGCCAGGGAACCUGUGGCAGGACCCAGUGACCUAGACCUCAGUCUGAUUUUGGACAGCGGGGAAGCUGUGGCAGCAGAACUGGAUUUUGAGGAUCAGACACAUGAAGUACCAGUUCAGUCUGGAGAGGAUUAUCCAAGAGAUGAGCAGAAGAAAUCAAGAGUCGUACUUGUAAUAGGAGGCCCAGGGUCAGGCAAAGGGACUCAGUGUGAAAAACUUACUCAGAAAUAUGGACUGACGCACCUCUGCGUUGGCGACCUUCUUCAGAAUGAUCUCGCAACGGUAUCAGAAAGAAGCAAACUGAUUAAAGACUUUAUGGAGAGAGGGGACCCAGUGCCGCUGGAUAUCAUUCUAGAAAUUCUUAAAGAAGCAAUGACAUCCUCCGCGGGAAACACAAAGGGCUUCAUCCUGGACGGAUUUCCCUGCGAGGUCAAACAGGCCGAGGAGUUUGAAUGCAAGAUCAGUCAGCCCAACGCCGUUGUCUACCUGGGAUGUUCUGCACAAACGAUGAGCCGGCGUCUGUUGAAUAGAAGCAAAACCAAUUGGCAGAGCGAAACCAGUGCAGAGACCAUCCGCAGGAGGCUGGAGAAGUUUUACCAGGCGACUGAAGCCGUAAUCACCUACUAUGAGAAUAAGUCUUUUCUACACAAGAUUGAUGCAGAGAAAUCUCCAGAACAAGUUUUUCUUCAGAUUUGUACAACACUUGACUCUAUUUUCUGAAGUGAAAGAAGAAUGCUUUUAAGUUACCAGGGGGGAGGGGGAGAAAGUGUAGAUAUUAUAAAUAUACACUGCAGUGUCACAUUUGUGAAGUGGGCUGUAUAUAACUGCUCUCUGCACACUAGCACGUGCUUUUCAAUUGCAAAGAUCUGUGAUCCCUAAUUUUCCCAGAGCACGCUUGCAUAACCUUACAUAAUGUGCAUGGACAAAGGUUGCAGAAGAACUUACAAAGCAGGAAUUUGCGGAGAACAGAACACAAGAUUUGCAUUAUUUUCUGCUUAUGCAGUGGAGGCUUGGCAGUACUUUUUCUUUACCUGGAAACCAUGGCAACCACCCCAUAAACCCUAAAACUAACAGGCAAUGCUUACAAGCUUGAUUUGCUAAAUAUUUUGUUGCAUAUGUUGAGAUGUUUUGAAAAGCCGUCAAGCACUGAUCUGUAGCUCAGUGGCUCGACCAGGGUCACUAGAGACAAAGCAAAUAAACUCCUAGACUCACUUAAAUUAAUAGAGGAAUGUAAGACUUCUGGAAAAGUACAUUUAACACUAUGGCCUCUGCAGUCAUCAAAUCUUGUCUUUAGCAGUUAUUCCAAGCCAGGUGAAUGUUCCACUCAUUUAACACCCAGGUUGUAUUAUUAUACCACUGCUAAAUAAGUAGGCUUUGCAUGGUGUUUUAGAGACCUGAUUAUGACGACAUGUAAUGUAAUUGAUCCUUUAG